AUGAGCGACUACCCUAGGCCGGAUUUUGUUCGCGACGAGCUGACUUGGAAGUCCUUGAACGGGCCAUGGUCGUUCCUGUUUGAUGACGAUGAUGUGGGUUUGAUGCAGGGUUGGCACCUCGAAGGCCUCCCGGCUGAGGUCACUGUGAAGUCAAGCAACAAGGUUUCCAGCUCCAAAGCCGCCAAUGACGCCUUGAGUAUCACAGCCAAGAUUACUGGAGGUACUCAGGGGCUUAUUCAGAGCAACCAGCACAAAAGCGGCGAAGUUACAACGCACAAGAAGCGCGACAUACAAGUUCCUUAUGUGUUCCAGUGCCCCGCAUCUGGCAUCGAAGAGAAGGGCGUCCACGAGGUGUUCUGGUACGAAAGGGAGAUAACCGACCCGCGGAAUGAGCAGGAGAAGAAGAAUGGUCGGCGCGUGCUUGUUAAGUUCGGUGCUGUAGACUAUGAGGCGAGGGUAUGGGUAGGCGGCCACUUUGUUGGUGGGCAUCGCGGUGGACACGUGCCCUUCGACAUCGAUCUUACAGACGCGUUCGCGAAGGAGUCUACGCAACGACUUACGUUGCGAGUGUUCGACUCAGCUUAUGACUUGACCCAACCACGAGGUAAGCAGUAUUGGGGUGCACAGCCCGAGAGUAUCUUCUACACGCCUAGCGGAGGCAUCUGGCAGAACGUUUGGCUCGAGGUUGUUCCAUCUGUGCGCAUUGGAGACAGCAGCCACGGAACGUUACUGAGGAGCAAUGAUAUCGAAUCGGGAAAGCUGCAUGCCAAUGUUAAGAUCCUUGGUAGACCAGCUGGCCACAGUUACAGCGUGGAACUCGAGGUCAGCCUUAAGGGCACACACGUCACCAGAACGGAGAAGGUCGAGCUGCCACGGGAUUCUGAUAUCGUCUCUUCAGAUCCAGACAUGGUGCUAUCGAAAGACGCUAAGGCUCAGCUGGGCGAAGCACUCUUGGAGUCAUUCGAUGAUGUGCGCAAUGGAGUCGUCCUCUGGUCUCCAGAUGACCCUACUUUGUACGAUGUGGAGAUUCGCUUAUACGACGGCACGUCGACUCUUGUUGACACGAUCCGCACCACUACGGGAAUGCGCUCGUUGUCAUGGGAUGACGGUUUGUUCAGGAUCAACAAUAAGCCACACUUCCAGGCGCUCUUCCUAGACCAGGGCUACUGGCUCGAUACUUUCAUGACGCCACCUUCAUCCGAAGCCUUGAAGACAGAUAUCGAGCUAGCGCAGAAGAUGGGUUUCAAUGGCUGUCGUAAGCAUCAGAAAGUCGAAGACCCGGUUUUCCACUACUGGGCUGAUCGUCUCGGUUUCCUCGUCUGGGGUGAGAUGGCGAAUGCGUACGCCUUCAGCGCUGAAUACGUUGAACGUUUCGAUCAAGAGUGGCGCGAGGCUGUCUUGCGAGAUAUCAAUCAUCCUAGUGUUGUAGCAUGGACACCGGUGAAUGAGAGCUGGGCAUACACCGACCUGGCAAACAGUCAGAAUCAAAGAGAUCAUCUCAAGAGUCUCUAUUAUGCGACCAAGGUCCUCGAUCCAACAAGGCCUAUCAACGACAAUUGCGGGUGGGAGCACGUGCAGACGGAUCUCACUACUUUCCACGACUACUCUGACGCUGAUGCUCUGACGAAGACAUGCGCCAGCUUAGAAGGCAUUCUUAGUCCCAAAGCAGACCGACCCAUGUUCUUGUCGGCUAUUGGGGGUGCUCUUGGAUCAAGCCACCACGAUAAUGCUCCUGUUAUCUGCACUGAGUUCGGUGGUAUCAACAUCGCAAGAGAAGCUGCCGGAUCGGACAAUCAGCGUGACUGGGGCUACACGACUGCAACCGACCCCAAUGAUUUGCUCAAACGAAUCGAGAAGAUGAUGACAGGUAUCGCGAAACCGGGUCUCAUCGGCGGCUUCGUCUACACCCAGCUCACAGAUAUCGAGCAAGAAGUCAACGGCCUUUACACCCCCGACCGCAAGCCAAAGCUCGACGCAGACGCGGUAAGACAGAUCGUGGAGGAUGUCAGGGAGAACUACUACCAGAUGCAUACGCCUUAA